CACUCGGCACUGCUUGUUAUCCAAAAGUUGGUUAACGAAAUUCUUAAAAAAUAAAUUACAACAAAAAAAAUAAUAUAAAUCAGCUGAUCAGAGGAUAUUGCGUAUUUUGUCUUUUAUAAAAUAAUUAAUUAAUAAAGACAAUUAUAAUAAUUUUCAAUAAAUAACGUGUUGUUUUGGGCAAAAUGAAGCGGCCUUUUGACGAAUCAUCUGACACUGAUAAUUCUACUCAUAAUCCAAUUGUUUAUCUAGACCUCGAACUUGAUGGUCAUCGAGUGGGCAGAGUUAUUAUUGAAUUAUUUAAAAAUAUUGUUCCAAAAACAGCUGAAAAUUUUCGUUCACUAUGUACCGGUGAAAAAGGUAUUGGAAAAUUUGGAAAAAAAUUACAUUACAAAGGAUCAUAUUUUCAUCGAGUUGUUUCAAAGUUCAUGAUACAAGGUGGUGAUAUAAUAAAUUUUGAUGGCACUGGUGGUGAGAGUAUUUAUGGCUCAUAUUUUGAAGAUGAAAAUUUUAAUAUAAAACACAAAGAGGGUGGUUUAUUGAGUAUGGUUAAUGAGGGAAAACCAAAUACAAAUUCAUCACAAUUUAUCAUAACAACUGAGCCAAGUUAUCAAUUGAAUGAUACCAAUGUUGUUUUUGGUAAAGUCAUUAAGGGUUUUGGAGCUGUUCAAGAAUUAAAUGAAGUUGAUGUUGUCAAUGACAAACCAAUCGAGAAAAUACAAAUUGUUGAUUGUGGAGAAUUGAAGCCAAAUGAUGACUGGAAAAUUUUUGAAAAAGAUGGUACACCUGAUAUUUAUCCAAAUUGGCUAGAAGAUUGGGAUUAUUAUAACGAUACAGAUAAUGAUAAAAUUGAUCACAAAUUUAUCAUCACAAAAGUCAUUGAAAAAAUUAAAGAAUCUGGUAAUUAUUAUUUUUCAAAUAAAAAUUACAUAACUGCAAAGAGAAAAUAUUUAAAAGCUUUGAGAUAUUACAAUUGGAUUAAUAAAAUGACAAAUAUUCCUGAUGAUUUAAAGCCGAUAUUGUCAAAUUUAAAAAUGUCAAUUGAUCUUAAUUUGACAGCUGUUUAUUUAAAGUUAAAUAAAUAUCGUGAUGUCAUAAAAAUUUGCAACAAUAUAUUGUCAAUUGACAAAAAUAAUACAAAGGCAUUGUUUAGAAAAAGUCAAGCAAAUUUUGGAUUAAAUGAAUAUAAUUUAAGCUUGGCUGAUUUACAAAAAGCAAAUUUAUCAUCACCAAAUAAUCCAGAUGUCAUUCGUGAAAUUCAAAAAGUUAAAAAUACUAUUAAAUCUUAUUUGAAUGUUGAAAAAGAAUCUUACAAGCGAAUGUUUAUGUAGUAUC